CCAGCACUGUGAUCUUCAUGCUUCACACUGCUUCUUUACGUGGAGUGGUUAAAUCAUAGAAAAUGGCAACUGUAGCAGGUGCUAUCGGAUGGGAAGAACUAAGAAAACAAGCUCAGCACCUUGAAAAUGAAAUUGAUGCGAAACUUGAUGCUUUCAAUAAAUUGGGUGUCAAAGCAGGAUCCGCUCACUCUAGUAGCGAUACCGUUCCUCUGCUCGAUGAGGAGCAUGUGUUUGAAAAUAUGGCUACAGAGAUAGAAUCGUUAUUCGCCAAGUUAUCUGCAGUAAAUGACAAAAUGAGUGAAAUAAAACCUGAUGGAGGGAAUAUGUUGCAUAGGAUACAACGUCACAGAGAAAUUUUAAAAGAUUACAAGUUGGAAUUCAACAAAACUCAAAAUAAUUUCAUCGCCAGACGUGACAGAGAAGAUUUGCUAAGCAGUGUGCGGAAAGAAAUUGAUAACUAUAAGAGUGGCAGUGGCCUCAAUAGGAGAGACCAAUACUUGAAAGAGAGUCAGCACUUACACAACUCCGAUCGAUUGGUUAAUGACCAAAUAAGUAUAGCAGUUGAAACACGAGAGCAUUUGGUAUCUCAACGUCACACAUUCAAACGGAUUCAAACCCGUUUCAACGACAUCUCCAAUCGAUUUCCAGCUGUGAACAGUUUACUACAAAGAAUAAAUAUUCGAAAACGCCGUGACUCUAUUAUUUUAGGACUGAUUAUCGGUUUUUGUACAUUUCUGAUGCUACUUUAUGCAUUUCAUUAAGUUGUAUUGAGUUAACAUU